CGGUGUCCACACGGGCUCUUGGUUCCUACAUUUCGACUGACUCACAGCAGACUCACAGUUGAUGGAGAGCAGAGAGCGACCACCGGUCGCAUGAUAAAGAGACAACAAAGGGGGGACUGAGCAACAACAACAACAGCAACACCAACACCAACAGCAACAAAAACCUCGACAUCACUGAAACUGUCAAUAAUUACAGUUUAAUUGUUCAACAACAGGUCGAUUGGGGACAGUGUCAUUGACUUUGUGUUUAAUUUUCCCAGAAAAUAAUAAGAAACAAACAAGGAAAAAAUAAAAUAUGGCGGCUGCUAGUGUAACGUGUCGAGCCUUGAUAGUCGUCAGGAUCGAAAUGACUCGACCUUUGAGUGUUGCAUCCCUGACUGCACCAAGGAGGUAUAGGAACGAGACGUGGUGUCGACGGUGGUGGAAUAUAUCACAACGUAGUUUAUCAACGACAACUAGGAAAUUCACUCCAACGCUGAGUCCAUUGCUGAGUAGAGAAGCAAGAGAGUUCAAGGAGGCCAGAACCUUCCAGAAGAUAACAAAGGAGGCUAAAAGUGCCAGAGAAGUUGAACCCGAUAGUUCUACACUGACAGAAGUGAGCGUCGAUUUCCAUCGAGGAUUUCCAAGGAUCACAGUGCCCCUCCCUUCGAGAAAAGAAAGAUGUAUUUUUACCCUCAAACCAAUUACCCAUACAGUUGGAGAUUUUCUCAAUAUGCUUAAAUCCGAGGAUCGUGGAAUUGAUCGUGCAUCAAUCACGACCAUUGAUGGAACAAGAAUAGGAGGUAGUAAUACUAUAGAAUCACUUCUAGAUGCUGACUUUAAGUUGAUCAUCAAUGACGCAAUAUACGACGUUACACCACCGGCUCAGGAGAAUUAUUCAAUGGAGACCAUUGACAAGUUAUCGGACGUUCAGAUGACGGUGUGUCAGCUCUACGAGGCCCUCCACUGCCAAGAGUACAACUCAAUCCUAGAGAGGGAAACAGUCGCAGAGUUGGAGCAAGUCAUGCUUGAGUUGGAGCCGCUAGAAGCGAAAAAGCUGGAACUGGAAAUAACCUCAGAGAGGCGUGCCAAUUUACACGCAUUAUUUGGUCUAAUGGCGAUGGGGAUUCAAGUAGGUAUCCUAGCCCGAUUAACGUGGUGGGAAUAUUCUUGGGAUAUUAUGGAGCCUGUGACCUACUUUGUCACAUACGUAACCGGUAUGGGAUGCUAUAUCUAUUUCAUUAUGACAAGACAGGAAUUCAUGCUACCUGACGUGAUGAAUCGAAGGUAUCUACUGGUAUUCCACAAACGUGCUAAAGCCAUUGGCCUAGAUCUCAACAUUUACAAUCAACUGCGAGAGAGAGCAUAUGAACUCGAGACAACGUUGAAAAUAAUACGUGGACCACUGUGGAAUCAUAAGCACAAAAUUGAACAGAAAAUACGAGAGAGAGCAAGAUCGUCAAGUUGUAGCUCAAGCUCAAGCUCAAGCUCAAGCUCGGAAUCAAGGUCAAGAUCAAGAUCACCUCAUCCAAAUUCACAUUCACACAAAAGUCAUAAAAAUGACGAGAAAGUACAUAACAAAGCGGACAAGUCAUGAAUUGAAUUGUCAGUGUGACAAAUGCUCAAUAGAGUGUAGAGUAAAUUUAUUAUUAAUAAUACAUCGAAAUCAAUGGAGAACUUUUCCUUUGAGGCAAACAAGUCAUUGACAUUAUUCUCAUAUUGUCAGUGUCAAUUAUCUCAUAUCUGCAAAAUGAAUAUUUAUCUUUGCCAAUGUUUGUUUAUCCAGCGGAGUCUUGAUUAUGGGACAGUGUUGCAAAGGGGCCAUAUUCUGUUGGAUUAUAAUUAAUUACAAAUUAAUGAAACAGCUCACUUAUAUUUUUCAAUUACAAUAAUACAAAUGUGCCAACAAUGUUCGUGGCUUCUAGUCGACUCACCACGUUACCUCUCUGCAUCAAAACAUCAUUAUAAUCAUCAGUCUCUCAGUAACCCAUAAACUUCCAUUAUCAUUCGUUUUUGGGUCACAGUAGCCGUUGGGCAGAUUAAGAUAAAAAUUUUAAAAAUCUAUUUUAUACGCUUGAAAAAUUGGUCGGCUCGCUUCUUAAGAUUACCUUGAAUCUUCAACUAUAUUUUAAAAGAUAGUACAUGGCUGUUGAAACCUAGGGAAUUAUAAUGAAAAAAUCAUUAUAAAUUCAUAGAGAAUUAAUCGUUGAAAGUAGCCCUUGUCAUUCUUCAAAACCGUUCAAACAAUGAAAAUCUUUCGCUUUAUACACCAUAUAUUUCUCACCUGGCCAUCCGUCCGCCAUGAAUGCUUGAAAAAAAUUGCAACACUUAUACCACUCUCUGGCACUCUUCAACUAAUACAACUAUUUAGUAGUUGUUCAAUAGCCGCCAAAUUAAAUUGUAAUAGGAAUAAUAAUGUGAGAGAUUGGAGAUACAAUUAAUUGGACAAGUUGAUUUACCUACUGCACAUUUUAAACUAGAACUAGAAGAACAAUUUUGCAACUUUUUAUAGAGAAUCUCUUUCAUGGCUAUGCUAUAACUGGCACCAAUUCCACAUUUUAAGAAAUGUUGAAGUCAAAGAAAAUGUCUGUAUUGGCGAUGAUCAAGUUGUAAUUAUUUUUUUCUCUCUAUAUUUGAUGGCUAAAAUAGGGGAGGCCCACUUGAGGUGGGUAUUUUUUUUUUUUCUCUUAAAUAUCAAACCACUUAAAUAUCCACCUCAAUAAACUCAGGAAUAAAUUAAUCAUCAAUUAAUCUCAAACUGUAUUCUCUUCAAGGAAAAGAAAAGAACAAUUGGAUAAAUGUUAUUUUUAUUUGUCUUCAACAUUUCUUCACAGAAAUCACAGUAAGUGCUAUUUAUCAACAAUGAAAAUUAAUCAGAAAAUACUAAUUGCACCAAUUACUCUCAAGGCAAUAGAUUCAAUAAUAGUUGACGUAUAAAAAAUGCAUCGCACAAUCUUACCAUAAGGAUUGAAGAAAAGGUGAAAUUUUUCUCUUCCAUUAAUCGAUAAUUUUCAAUGAGUUAUUUAGGCUAUGUAAAAAAUAAUUUCACUCAUCAUGAGAUUGUUGUUGAAAUAUUUAUUUAUAUACUGCAUUUACCUUGUACUUGUGUGAAUUAUAAGUUUUAUGCUAUGCUGUUUCUACUUCGAGCUUGUGAGAAUGCUGCCUAAACUCUUGAUCGAUUGAUUAUUCUGGAAGUUGUUUAUGUACAUACACCUAGAAAUACGAAUAAUAUGCAUAUAAUAAGAAAAACAAAACAAGUUUGAGAUGAGGUGAAAAAAUUGGAUCAAAAAGAUGCUGAUUUGUAUCGUCUUUUCCUUGUAUAAAAAUAGAAAAAUCAUAUGCCUACUGUAAAAAUUGAUAGUUGGGUUUAUGUUAUAUACAAUACUCUUCAAUGCUCGAUUGGAGUUUCUCUGUAAAUAUAAAAAUUCACAAUAAAAAUACAUGAAUAUUUAUUCAA